UCAGAGGCCUUCUUGUUUCCCAGGCAUGUUUGUGGUGUGGAGAGUCCUGCUGCUGGGUGCUUGCGCCUGCAUCUGUCUUCCAGCUCAGACCCAUGGAGCUCUGGUUAUUUCCAGGAGAGAUGCUCUGACACAGACGACCAAAGCCGCUAUGGUCAUCAGGUCAAUAAAGAAAAGAAGUACAAACUCUGAAAAAGUGGAGGUGUACAGUGUUCAAGUCGCCUGCACGGCGUCGUCUCGUUUCGCCCACACAGCCAUGACUUCCAAAGUGCUAAACAAAGACAACUCAUCCCAGGAAAUCUUCUUUGAAGUGGAUUUACCCAAGACUGCCUUCAUCACCAACUUCAGCAUGGAAACGGAGGGUCGGGUGUAUGUCGGAGAGGUGAAGGAGAAAGAGAAAGCCAAGGAGCAGUAUGAGAAGGCUGUCUCCUCUGGACAGACUGCUGGGCUCAUCAAAGCCUCUGGAAGAAAGAUGGAAAAGUUUUCUGUAUCUGUAAACAUUGCUGCCAAGAGCAGUGUGACUUUCAUUCUGACCUACGAGGAGCUCCUUCAGAGGAAACUGGGCAGUUAUGAGAUUCUGACCCGAGUUAAAACAGAACAGCCGGUGCAGGAAUUUCAGAUUCAGACAGACAUCUAUGAGCCUCAAGGUAUUGCUUUUGUUGAGGCCACUGCAACAUUCCUCAGCAAUGAGCUGCUCCCCCUGGUAGACCAAACUGUCACAGACACAAAGGCACACAUCUCCUUCUCACCAACAGUGGGGCAGCAGCAGAAGUGCCCAGGGUGUGAGAGCUCAUUAAUUAAUGGAGAUUUCAUCAUCAAGUAUGAUGUGAAACGAACAACAAGUCUCGGGGAAGUUCAGGCAAUGAACGGAUACUUUGUGCACUUCUUUUCUCCCCCUGAUCUGGCCGGAGUCCCAAAGAACGUGAUGUUUGUAAUUGACAGAAGUGGAUCGAUGAAAGGAGAAAAGAUGGAACAGACCCGAGAAGCAAUGGUUGCCAUUCUGCAAGAUCUUCAUGAAGAGGAUCACUUUGGUAUCCUCCUCUUUAAUGAUACGAUUGAAUCCUGGAAAAACUAUCUUACCAAAGCAACAAAGGGAAAUGUUUUUAAUGCCAUCAGCUAUAUAAGGAAAAUAAAUGACAGUGGAACCACCGACAUUAAUAAUGCUAUUCUGGAUGCGGUGAGACUGCUGAGGAAAGAAAGAGAAAAAAAGAAAGUUCUAGAGAGGAGUAUGGAUAUGAUUUUUCUACUGACUGAUGGGAUGCCAACCAGUGGGGUUUCCAACCCACAGAUAAUCCAGCAGAAUGUGCUCUCUGCCACUGGAGGAAACAUGUCUCUGUUUGGUCUUGGAUUUGGAAAUGAUGUGGAUUACUCCUUCCUGGAUGUGAUGUGUAGGCAAAACAAAGGAAUGGCCCGCAGAAUUUUUGUGGGUUCAGAUGCAGCCAUUCAACUCAAGGGUUUCUAUGAGGAAGUAUCCACCCCGCUGCUCUUAGAGGUGGAUCUGCGUUAUUCAGACAAUACAGACUUCUUAACCAAAACCCACUACAGCCAGCUGUUCAACGGCUCGGAGAUUGUGGUAGCUGGUCAGCUGAAUGAAAAUGACAUGGAUAACUUCUUGCUGGAAGUGGUUGCCCAGGGGCCCAAAGAGAACUUUAUGGCACAGGGAAAGGCCAGUGUGGCCGACUGGCAGACAGUAUACCCGGAAAAGGAAUACAUCUUUGGUGAUUUCAUUGAGCGUAUGUGGGCCUACCUCACCAUCCAGCAGCAACUGGAGAAGAGUGACCUCAGGACUGAGCAGGAGAGGAAAAAUAUAACAGCCAAGGCUCUGAACAUGUCCCUGAAGUAUAACUUUGUCACCCCUCUCACGUCCAUGGUGGUGACUAAGCCUGAAACUGAGGAUGGAGCUGACAGCUCUGUCAUUGCUGAUAAACUGACCGAGAGCCAGCGACAGGAAGCAGAGCGACAUUUGGCAGGUGCCCAUGCAUCACCUGCGGUCAGCUCUCAUGGUCUGCCUGAGGUUGAUGGAGAUCCUCAUUUUAUGAUAAAGAUUCCAGACAGAAAUGACGCUCUGUGCUUCAACAUCAACGACAAACCAGGAACCAUUUUCAGUCUGGUGAGAGACCCAAAAUCAGGCUUUGUGGUGAAUGGCCAACUAAUUGGCAAGAAGAAAGUUGUUCAGGAUGGUAACAUGAACACCUACUUUGGUCGUUUUGGUAUCACCCAUCAGAAACUGGGGGUGAGGCUGGAUGUCAGCACUCAGGAUAUUUCGGUCUUCUACAACAACAAGCAGGUCAAGCUGCUGUGGUCUGAUGCCACCUCCCUCAAAGAUACUGAUAUGGAGCUCAGGCUGGCUAAAAACUGCAGUCUGACAGUGAUGCUGAGGCACUCAGUGAAAUUCAUGAUCAUCAGACACACAAAGGUUUGGAAAAGACACCAUGACCACCAAGACUACCUAGGUUUCUACACUCUGGACAGUCAACACUUGUCUGCUUCGGUUCACGGUCUGCUAGGUCAGUUCUACAACGGGGCUGCGUUUGAGCUGACAGACCUGCGUCCAGGUGAAGCCCAGGAGAAACUGGAUGCCACCAUGUAUGUGAAGGGGCAAACGAUCAGUGUGACCAGACACUGGCAGAAGGAUUUCAGCAAGGAUGUGAAGAAUGGAGAAAGCGUCCCCUGCUGGUUUGUUGACAAUGAUGGACGAGGCCUCAUCGAUGGAGCAGCCUCGGACUACAUCGUCUCAGACCUUUUUCUGGCUGUUUGAAAAAUCAAAAUGCGAGCGGCAUUGCACCAGGAGCCGCGGGGUGCUUGUAAAUGCCAAGAGUGGUGCGUGGAGAAAAGGCACUGCAGUGAGUCACUGGGUGUUUUCAUUUUCAAAUGACAAACAUGCAGAAAAUGAAAGUGAGCACAAUAAUGGCAUGUUUAUAUAUUAAGGCAAGCAUAUCACGUUACGGUAUAUUUUCAGAUGUGGUGAGUGUGUGUGUUUGUGUAUGUCAGGCAUUACAGAGCAUAAUCAAACUGAACCUCUCCUGCUAAACAUUACUUACUGCUAAAUAUUUGGUCAGAUAGCAUCGGCGAGAUAGUUUGCUGUGUCCAAAAAAAUAACUGACGCUGUGUGAGGUUUGUGAAAGUUAUGACACAAAUAGUUUCUAAAUAGUUUAAUAAGUUUGCAUACCUCACAUACCACAUUAGUUUUUCUAUGAUUUGUUGGAAUUGAAUAAUUAUUUUGCUUUUAAAAAACUGAUUACUGCCUGUCAGCACAGAGAAGAUGCUGGACUCAUGGAUGACAUACAGUAUUCAAAUUUUCUGCUCUUCAGCUGUUGACAAACCGGUUAUUAUACAGCAGGCUAAGUUCUGUCAUGUUUAGAGUUGUGCUUGCUCAGCAAAUAUUCUUUAAAAAAUAAUUUUAGAGCACAGCUCAGUGCAGAUUUUUACUUUUACUUCAAGUAUCAAACAUAAAUAAGUGCUUAAUAUGCUCCACAGCGGGUGAUGCACUAUUCUAAAUGCUUUUUCACUUUAAAACAAACUAAUAAUUUUUUUUUUUACUACACAAUAACUAAUUUGUUAUUUCACUAACUGUAUUUCACUGGCUGCACCUUGUGUCAAUAAAA